AUGAAGAGAAUUAUACAUUUAAUAACCAUAAUAAAUUUAUGCUUAUUGUUGUAUGUAAUUAAUAAAACUUUUAAAAAAGUUUUCUCGAAAUUGAAGUUGUCGAAAUUUUAUUUCAGGAAUAUUUACUGCACAUAUUAUCGGAAUACAAAUGAGAUUACCUGUGGGACGGUAACCUGUCAAACGCAUACUCCAUUUGGUAAGGAUCUCGAAGAAGAAGAGGGAUUAGAUACUAAAUUACCACUCGGUUGGUAUCGCAUUGGGACGCAACAAAUUCGUCAUGAUACUUCUUGGUUCAAUUUAUAUCGUAGAAGAGCUUCUGGUUCUGGAUAUUGGGAUUUCUAUACAAUGAUUCCGGAGCGCAACUGCGUUGGAAGUUUUGGUUUGCAUGCUGGCGAGAAUUUGGCUGGUUCAGUUACGCUCAAAGAUAAAAAAUGCUUUGAUCGAUUGAUUCGACAAAUUGAACGGCAGACUACCAGUGAAAAAUUUGAUGUUUAUCAAUGUCGAAAGUGUAUUUUCAAUUCCUGCUGGUUGGGUGUUCGUCUUCUUCCUGCUUAUCGAGAAUAUUUAACUAAUUUAAGAUCCAUUUAA